AGUAGGUCUCUAUUAGGUAGACAGAGAUUAGUGGGUGACCCGUCGAUCCUGACGUUAGAUCUUGUUGGAAGUCGAGUUACGAGGAAGUGUCCGAGAAUAUCCAGAUGAUGUUUUACGAUGGUCUAUAGAAGGGAACAUGUGCUUGGCACGACUGAAAUGAAGAGAAAAAAGUGAGAUUGCCGGGAAGCCAAUUAGGGCUCCGUUACACCACAAUGAUACUUUUAAAAUCAUUGUGGUUUUCUUGGGAUGUGAGAGGGAAGGUUCUUGGAAGCAUCUUGCUUCUCCUUGCUGCUGGACCGUUGUCGUACCUCUCAUUUGAUAACAAGGAGAGCCGCACUCUCAGAGGCAGAAGUAGUUUGGGGCUCGUGGCAGCUGAGCCUGUCUCUUCUGAACAGGACUCUGUGGACGUGCAAAGGUUAGAGGAGCUCGACGCUUCACACCCGCUGAACAAAACUGCCUCGAAUAAGCUCCUUCAAUCGUACUACUCGUUCGGCGCAGACCGCUACGCUUGCGAUGGACAAUGCAUGUAUUGCAGCAAUUCGCACGCCCAUUCCCGGUGGGCACGCGUGCGGGAAAUUUUGACUACGUAUAAAGAGAGACACGACCGAGCUGUGCUAGCGCAUGACUAUACUAUAGCGCAAGCUUGGCAUUUCGAGAUCCAGGAGCUCUUGGAUUGGUCAUGGGAUCGCCAUAAGUUCGAGUGCAUUCCGGGGAUCAUCAAUCUGCGGCUAGCAUCAUAUGUUAUGACUCGGCGUCAUUAAUGAAAAAUUGGUACUGGAGGAAUUGAAUUCGAUACGCCCCAGAUCAAAUGUAAGGUGCACGAGUGGAAGCCACUCGUCGGGUAGAUUCUGAGAAAUACCUAAUUUUCGACUCGCCUUCUUGGUUUCAUAUUCCGCUUUACGCCGCUGACGCAGUUCUCAGAUGCUGAUGAUGAUGUGAUGGAUUGGCUGAUUCAGUUUAACGCACACACUGGAGUUUUAGACCUCCUCCAGUCUGCGUGGCCACAACUGCUGCAGGGUGGGUGGCCGAUCUUCAUGCUGAUGGACGAAGUGAGCCGAAAGAUGCGAGCUUUUCUCAAAGACAGGGGUAGUGAAUACCCGAAAUUGUGGCACACGUCGUUGUGCGAUGCACAGGAUGCCGGACAGCAGUUUGUAGAGGAGUAUUGGUCGUUGUCGCGGAAUUUACUGGACCGUGGCGCAAACCUAGAACUUGGUCAUCACAUGGGCCUGGUGCUGAAGCGUCCGCAUUGUGAAGUCGGACUGUCCACGGCAUUGUUGGGUGUGGCUUCCGAACUGAUCGAGCGGCACGAGAUUUACAUGAGCAGCAUGGAGGAGCUGCAUAACGUCAUCUUUGUGCUAAUCACGGCCGCGCAAGAUUCAGUGAUCAGUUACUCAAGGAAACGCAAUGAUAUCUCACUUUGGUUCGACCUGCUGUUGACGAAGUGGCCAUUGUGGAAGAUGCUUGACCGUUUGUCCUGCAAAAGCUCGUCCUUGCCGUGCGUAGUUCGCAGUGGCGUGCGGUGUUACUCUCCGACGCAACGAUCCUACGUGGACUGUCACACGAUAUACAAGCGACCAAGCUGGAAGCCAAGCUAUGCGCUCUGCGGCGAGCACGACACUUGCACACUGCUCAACAGCACAAACAACUUGAAUUUUACAUAUUACGAAACAAUACCGUGCAUAGACUGGAAACAGCCGAAGACUGUCCUGCUAGAAGCGGAUCGUGAGCAUGGUCCUGAGAUGUCGGCCGCAAUUACAAAACCAUUCUUACGACAUCUGACGCACGAUGACGAACAGCGAAUCUGUUCGCAAUGCGGCCAAGAUGGAGUCUUGCGAACAAUAUUCCGGAAUAUUCGCUUUGCCAACACACCCGUUGUCGUUUUUGAGCGAAGAGAGCAGCACGACGCUACUAACAGGACCGGACUCGUGGAUGUUUUCUUACCAGGAUCAGUGCCGCAUACUUGGAACGAGGGAGAGGAGCAGUCGAACGAUAUCUCGGAGGCUUCGAGUAGUGAGCUUCAGAUAGAACAACAAGCCGCCGUUGAUCGUCAGGGACUGCAAGCAUCUCGUGUGGAUGUCAAUAUGGGCAGGAAAAUGCUAUCGUCAUUAGAGGCGCCGCAAGCAGGUAGACUUUUUAGUCGCGAGUUGGAGAGUGGAUCGGUGCCGCCACUAGGGACGGAGGUCAAACGCGCCCCAGCGGAAGAGGCGAAAUUGCAGGAACAGCAACUCCUUCGCGAAGUUGCCAAGCAAGCAGUUGUUGAGCAAGCAGUAGCUGCUGAAAAAGAAUUUGACUACACACCGCCUUUUUUCGUCGAAUUCGGCGCGAGGAAACCACACAUGCUAAAUUCCGCGUGGCUCAGAGAGCAUUGCGGCUGGCGCGGUUUGAUUAUGGAUUUCCAACCUGGCGGAACAAAGCAUGGAGGUUGUGGAAAGGGCUGCGUCGGGAAGGAUCUCGUACAAAACGAGUUCAUCACUUACGAAGAAGCGGCUUAGCUCACUACCUCUUCUAUCGUGGGCGAUUAUUCAACUAUUUUUUCUAGACAGUGUUUCUAGUAGCUAGUGGAGUGUCUAACUUUUUGCCGAAAAUGUGAACGAAGUCUUCCAGAAGUACGGCGUUCCGAGGGAACCGGAUUUGCUGACGAUCGAUAUCGACUUCAACGAUUAUUGGGUCUGGAAGAGUGUUCUGGAACGCAAAGAAUAUUACGGCUGACAUUACGAGCUCUUUCAAAGAGAAGCACCUCAGCAUUCUCACAAAUUUGUAAUUCUAAGCAUUUUUUCCUCGUGUUGUCGCUGUCGACUACAACGCAGACCUAUCUUUGGAGGAGACCAAGGCAGUACGUUAUGACGCAAACUACGAAUGGGACGGCACUAGGUACACCACCGCGUCCCUGCACGCCUAUUUUAUGCGAAAUGGUUCGAAUGCUGUGCGAGUCGUACAUAGUUCCCCAGUUUGUUAUUGUACCAGUUUGAUCAACAAAACGUCCACGACCAAGUUUUGCUAUUGACAGAGAAUAAAGGAUUUUGUUUGACGCUCAAUACCGGGCACUAGUUCUCGUUUGCAAAAGUUGGAUGUUGGAAAUUUACCUCCCAGGAAAGUUAGCAAUGAUGAUUUUUCGCUUGUGAUGAGAAGUUAUACUCCCACCAUACUGUCCUUCAUAAUGGACCUCCUGGCACAGCAGCAUGGAUACGAGUACGCCUACAACUUGGAAAUGGGGAGUCACGCGUUUUUCAUUAGGCGUGAUCUAUUACAUCCGGAUGAUUGGAGUUUACCGAUACGCGCAGUGACGAAGUUGAGCCACAAAGCCGACUACUCAGGAAGACCGUUUUUGGAUACGCUCUUCGCGACACUGGGGAAGUCACCAAGUGCAAAAUAAAGGUUGCCAAGAGGUGUCGCAACCAAAUGAUGAAGGUCAAGGUCAUCUUUAAGGGUUGCGGAGGGUUUUCAUAUCGGAGAAAUAACGACUACGACUGCGCAUCCAUUGACUCGAAGAAGUUUAUAGCUGCUGCAACAAAUAUAAUGAGAAAUCUGCUAGAAAGAUGAAGACUGUGUUGUUUUUUCGUUGAUGAACUUUUCGUGUAUCCCGCAUGUGUCGCUUGACGCACUUUUUCAGGCUCAGGAAAGAAUGAAAGAUGAAUAAAAACAUGCUGUUUGCAGUUCCCUACGCCGAUACAUGGUGCGCAUUGUACCUAC